AUGACGUUGCCCCGACACCCGGAAGUCAUCGUCCAUUACGCCGAGCACGUCCACCUCCUCGGAGCAGAAGACAUCAUGGGAAACCGCCAGUGCACCGUUGAGAUUGAGAAUAAGUGCUCUGAGUACACCCUGUGUAACCCGAAGGUGUUCACUUAUGGUGGAUCCUAUGAGAACCCUUUGUCACCAACUCUUGGUCCCUCUGAAUCUUGCAGCGCUCUGUUCAUCAAUACUCCAAACACAACAUAUGGAGCUGUUGGCGUCCUCACCUAUGAGCUGCAGAACAAAUCCACAGAGGAAUCUGAUGGAAAAAUGGCCGUCAUGUACUCUGUUCCUUAUAACUACAACCAGUACUCUAACUUGUACGCAGUGGGAGUCUUUAGUAUGAAUAUAGAGUGUGAUUACAACCUUUAUAACAUGAUGUAUAAUGAGGCAGAGAUAGAUUUUGUCAGACGUAAAGCUAAAGACAGUCUGACUUACAAAGGCAAAGCUGUCACCAUCAGAGCCACCAUGUCCGACAGCUACACAUCUGUCAUCAAGGUGCAGGUGUUUUCACAUUCUUCCAUGAACAAGUAA